CGGUAGCAUGACCCAGCCAUGACAAGUACAUGGCUGUUCAACGAUGAAUUGGAGUAAAAUUGGUGACAAGAGCGCAGGUAUCUGUGCCAGGAGUACAAUGCAGCAGAGCCAUUGGACAAGUUACUGUCGAUCAAUAUCACGGUAAUUAAACUAUGCGUACCGUGCGCAGGACAAUGACUGCGAAACCAAGCAACAUAGCAUAUAUAAAGCGCUGCUCGCGAGAUCUAAUGCGGCCUCAGCAACAAAGGUGCUCAUCUUGAGCAGUCACUCGUCUUCCUGGAGACCGUAGGCCGGAAAGGAAGCUUUUGCGGAUCAGUCACUCUUUCUCCGCAUAUCAACGCUCCGCAGGAAGCUUGCAAGAUGCAUCGCAUGCUCUUCACUACCAGCCUCCUUGUCACUCUCGGCUCUGUUACGUUUGCCGCUCCCGUCACGAUCGCCGAGAGAUCGCUGAAGGUCCCUUUGCAUUCAAGGCAAGAUGCCACAUCUCAGGUCGCUGGCGAUCUCGCCCAAUGUCCACAGAUCGCGCCUAUCGACUCGGUCGCGAUCCCCAAUCUUGAUGCAUCGACUACUCUCGACGCUGCGGGCUGUCUGGUCCCUGAUGCUGAAGCUUUGGAUGCUCCUGGAGCGCCGAACAACCCACAGCGAGCAGAGUCGAGUGACGCCACUGCUGUUGAAGCCCCAGAAGUCCCAGACAUUCCUGCCACUGCGCAACUGAUGCCUAAUCAGCUUGGUGAGUCAGUCAGCGAGGCUGUAUCCUUGGCUGCCGCUGGAGCUCCAAAAAAUGAAAACACAGCAGUCAAGAAGCCCGAUAUGCCAGCCACAGAGCCGAUGCAUAUCCCAAUCACCGAUGUCGCCACUACUCCGGAAGUUCCCAAAAUUCCGCAGCACGUGAAGCCGAAAAUCAUCGAGGUUGUGAGGGUUCCACAAGAUCCAUCCACUCAGCAGACGCCUGAUCCGCUGAAUGAAAGUCGCCCAAUUGCCGACAUUGUGCCCCUGGAUGCAUCUGAGACCCCAGACAGCCAUCACGCGCAACUUCAGAAGGUCAAUAUUAUGCAAGUCCCAAACAUCCCGACAACUCCCAACUCGCUUGAUGAUGUCGAGUCCAGCCGGCCUCCUGGAGACGCUGCUGCGGACGACGCUGCCAAGCAAGACGCCCAGCUUCGAGGCAAUGUUGCCGGGCCAGGUGAUCUGCCUAGCACCCUCGCCCACGAACUUGCCCUCAAGAAGCAACCGUGGUCAUGGACAAACGACGACCUCCCAAAGUCUGAAGCUACAUCGCAGAUGAUAUCAGCCCUACGUGCUCGCCAGUUCCUCGGCGGGGCGGCUGGAGGUGGCACGGGCGGGGGUUCUGCCGGAGGCGCAGGUGGUGGUGGCGCUGGUGGCAGUACUGGCGGCGGCGCGGUUGGAGGUGCUGGUGGCCGAAAGGUUCGAGGUGGUGGCGCGGGUGGUGGAACUGGAGGCGGUAAUGUAGGUGGUGGCAACGGUGGUGGCGCCGGUGGUAGCACGGGCGGCGGUGCUGUAGGUGGUGCAGGCUCGGAUAAAGUUGCAAGUGGUGCAGCAGGAGGUGGUACGGGCGGUGGUGCGGUAGGAGGUGCGAACGGGGGAGGCUCAGGAGGGGGUACAGGAGGUGGAUCUGUGGGAGGCGGUGCCAGUGAGCCGCCGCCACCUACCCCACCAGAUGAUGGAGCCUUCGACGAUGAAGAGGACGAGCCAACUGCACGACACAGACAUCAUGCCAAUAAGCACGCGCACCAGGAUGAGGACGAAGACGAAGACGAAGACGAAGAUGAAGACGACGAUGAAGAUAACGAUGACGACAGGGAGUCUAGGCACAGGGGAUCUGGAAGACACCGAAAGCAUAGACAUGAAGACGAGGAUGACAGUGAAGAGGACUCACCAGAUCGACGCCUUCGGAGUCGGCAGAUAGGCCAAAGUCGAGACGACCUACCUCGUACUAAAGUCCCAGAUCCAGACGCCAUCGGAGGAGCUGCAGGGGGCGGCGAAGGCGGUGGUGCAGCUGCCGGCACAGGGGUCGCUGGUGCAGGUGGAGCAGCAGGCGGAGGGAGAGGCGGCGGCGCUGCUGGAGGAACAGGAGGAGGGAAGGGCGGCGGCUCGGCUGGUGGAGGCGAGGGUGGUGGCGCAGCAGGCGGUGCAGGGGGAGGAGAAGGAGGGGGUUCUGCUGCUGGAGGUCAAGGAGGGGGAGCGGCUGGCGGUAGCGGGGGCAGCAACGGAGGCGGGUCUGCUGGCGGAGGCAAACUCGGAGGAGCUGCGGGUGGAAGCGCUAUAGGGGGUGGUGGUUCCGUUGGGGGCGGCUCGGGCGGUGGCAACAGAGGUGGAAGUACUGGCAACGCUGCGGCGGGAGGCAUGAGCAACCCAAGCAUCGAAGUACUCAACGACCCAAAGAUUGAGCUCAUAACGUGCCAAUGCGUCUGCCCCAAGCACUGAAAAGGCAACUGGCAGGUACAAUCUGCUUCAACCUUCCUGAUUAAGGGAUCUGUUUCACUUUUGUCAUGGCGUUUGGGCUUAGGUAGCUUCACUACUUCACUUCGCGCGCCCCAUUUUCUGUAGUUCUAUAAUCUGAAUUGUUUCAUAUGUGCCA